UAUUUUUCCCUAUCCUUUCCUUGCAGAUAUAUAGAUAAAACAUCUUACCUCGCUUCCCGCGACCCUCACUUCCUCCACAACAUGGCAUCGCCUCUUCCAACGAGGACUAUGCCUCCGCCUCCACCCCCAAAGCCCCACAAGUCUCCGACGCUAAAUGGGGCCGAUAGAGGAGGACACAUUUACCAGAACAACAACACUACCAAUAUCAGCAAUAACAACAAUAACGGCGAACCAAUGCAGAACGGUGGCAAAAUCAGUCAGACAGCGCCAUUCGGUGCCAGCAAUCCGACGGUGCCACCCGCAGCAGACGAGCAGGUAGUGAUGACACCACGUGGGAAGACGGCCAACUCGACGGUGCUGCUGAUCGAGCGCAAGCUGGUGCAGCAGGUCGGCGAGAGGACACACGUGGCCGGCGGUGACCACCGAGGAAUUAUCAUCAACAAGGACGCUGCGGCAGGUAGGUGUUGUUACUUCUUUACUAUAUGUACUAUUGUUUUUUAUUGAAUUUUCAAUCAGUUAGGAAACAGAUUCCAAUGGAAA